AGAAUAAACCUUUCACCUAAAAUUAUUGUAUGUACAAAAAAAAAAACACACGUUCCUUAGCUUGCUCUGUGAUCUUUCAUGUUUCUCACCUAUUCUUGCUUGCUUCCCUUCCAAUCAAACCUAUAUGAGGACCCUUUAACAACCAUAAUGUACUAGUUGGUGGCGCCAUCAUCAUAAUCUAUAUUCACUCUCCCUUUUGCUUCAACCCUGCAUUGACAUGCACAUUUCACUCUCCACAACAACUACAAAACAAUAAAUAAACAAACAAAUGAAAAUCUCCUUGGUCAGCUUAUUUUCUUAACAACCCAAUAAUAUACAAUAAAUAGCUUCACAUUGCAUCACUAACCAUCGGACACUCCGGGUUCUUGUCGUCAUGGCAGCUGCUUUCUUCACCGGCCCUCAUUUGCAUGCCACAGACAACAAUGACCAACAGCCACGGCGUGAAGAGAGAGGUGGAGGGGAUAAGAUAUGCCGGGUAUGUGAAGACGAGAUAGGUGUGAUGGACAAUGGACAAGUCUUUGUGGCGUGCAAUGAGUGCCGUUUCCCUGUGUGUAAGCCAUGUUACGAGUACGAGAGAAGCGAAGGCAACCAGUGUUGCCCCCGUUGCAACACUCGUUAUAAACGCCACAAAGGUUGUCCUAGAGUUGUGGGGGACGAUGAAGAUCAUUUUGAGGGGGAAGAAUUCGACCAAGAAUUUCAGACGGCGAAGAAUCAUCCUCACUCGGAGAAUGGAGACUACCAUAAUAAUCAGCUGCAUCACAAUGGCGGCGCUUUUCAACUCAUUGCAGGAAGUGUGGCUGGCAAAGAUUUGGAAGACGAUCAUCAUCAGGAGGUUUUCACUAAUGACGAAUGGAGAGACAGAAUUGAGAAAUGGAAGACGAAGCAAGAAAAGAAGGGCCUGCAGAUCAUCAGGUUUGGUGAUGAUAAAGACGAUGAAGAUGGAGACGACUUUCUCAUGGCAGAAGCUAGGCAGCCACUGUGGAGAAAAAUCCCAAUUUCAUCUAGCCUGAUCAGUCCAUACAGGAUUGUCAUUGUGCUCAGGCUAAUCAUUCUCUGUUUCUUCUUCCACUUCCGCAUUUCGACCCCAGCCUAUGAUGCCUUCCCUUUAUGGAUCAUCUCAGUGAUAUGUGAGAUUUGGUUUGGGUUAUCGUGGAUUCUUGACCAGUUCCCAAAAUGGUUCCCUAUAAACCGCGAAACUUACCUGGAUCGCCUGUCAUUGAGGUUCGAACGCGAGGGCGAACCAAACACUGCACUAGCACCGGUGGAUGUUUAUGUCAGUACAGUUGACCCACUUAAGGAACCUCCCAUCAUCACUGCCAAUACUGUUCUGUCCAUAUUGGCUGUUGAUUAUCCUGUGGAAAAGGUCAGCUGCUAUGUAUCAGAUGAUGGUGCUUCAAUGCUUCUUUUCGAUACCUUAGCAGAAACUGCUGAGUUUGCAAGGAGGUGGGUACCGUUCUGUAAGAAGUAUAGCAUCGAGCCAAGAGCUCCAGAAUUCUACUUCAAUCUGAAAAUUGACUACUUGAGAGAUAAAGUUCAGCCGACCUUUGUCAAGGAGCGCCGAGCAAUGAAGAGAGAGUACGAAGAAUACAAAGUAAGAAUAAAUGCAUUAGUGGCAAAGGCACAGAAGAAGCCAGAUGAGGGGUGGGUUAUGCAAGAUGGAACUCCAUGGCCUGGGAACAACACUAGGGACCAUCCUGGAAUGAUUCAGGUUUAUCUCGGAAAUGAGGGUGCUCUUGAUGUGGAAGGGAAGGAGCUUCCAAGACUUGUGUACGUUUCACGUGAAAAGCGACCUGGAUAUCAGCAUCACAAAAAAGCUGGUGCCAUGAAUGCUCUGGUUCGUGUAUCAGCAGUUCUAACCAAUGCACCCUUUAUGUUGAAUCUGGAUUGUGAUCAUUACAUCAAUAACAGCAAGGCCAUUAGAGAAGCAAUGUGCUUCUUAAUGGACCCCCAGUUAGGAAAGAAGCUCUGCUAUGUGCAGUUCCCUCAGAGGUUUGAUGGCAUCGAUCGCCAUGAUCGAUAUGCUAACCGCAAUGUUGUCUUCUUUGAUAUCAAUAUGAAAGGAUUAGAUGGAAUUCAGGGACCUGUAUAUGUUGGGACUGGUUGUGUUUUCAACAGGCAGGCUUUGUACGGUUAUGAUCCACCUGCUUCUGAGAAGCGGCCUAAGAUGACAUGUGACUGUUUUCCCAAAUGGUGCUGCUGCUGUUGUGGUGGUUCAAGAAAAACCAAGUCUAAGAAAAAAGGGCUCAAGGCUUUGUUAGGACUUGGAAAGAUGUUUAGUAAGAGCCAGAAAAUCAGGGGAAAGAACUACAAUAAGAAAUCAUCUGGACAGUUGUUUGAUCUUGAGGAAAUUGAGGAGGGUCUAGAGGGGUAUGACGAGCUCGAAAAAUCAUCCCUUAUGUCCCAAAAGAACUUUGAGAAAAGGUUCGGACAGUCUCCGGUUUUCAUCACUUCCACACUGAUGGAAGAUGGUGGCCUUCCUAAAGGGAUGAACCCAACAACACUAAUCAAAGAAGCCAUUCAUGUCAUCAGUUGCGGGUACGAAGAGAAGACUGAGUGGGGCAAAGAGAUUGGAUGGAUUUAUGGUUCGGUGACAGAAGAUAUAUUAACAGGGUUUAAGAUGCACUGCAGAGGGUGGAGGUCAGUGUACUGCUGCCCGAAGAGGGCAGCUUUUAAGGGAUCAGCUCCUAUAAAUCUAUCAGAUAGGCUGCACCAAGUCCUGAGAUGGGCUCUUGGUUCCGUUGAGAUCUUCCUUAGUCGACAUUGCCCGCUGUGGUAUGCCUGGGGUGGCAAAAUGAAACUACUAGAAAGGCUUGCUUACAUUAACACCAUUGUUUACCCUUUCACUUCCAUUGCUCUCCUGGCUUACUGCACUCUUCCAGCUGUCUGCCUUCUCACUGGAAAAUUCAUUGUCCCAACCUUGAACAGCUUCGCUAGCAUAUGGUUCUUGGCACUAUUCAUGUCCAUCAUAGUGACAGGUGUUCUUGAACUACGGUGGAGCGGAGUGAGCAUAGAGGACUGGUGGAGAAACGAGCAGUUCUGGGUGAUCGGUGGUGUCUCAGCACAUCUCUUUGCAGUCUUCCAAGGCCUUCUCAAAGUGCUUGCCGGUGUAGACACAAACUUCACAGUGACAGCAAAGGCUGCCGAUGACGCCGAGUUUGGGGAGCUCUACCUCUUCAAGUGGACCACUCUUCUCAUCCCACCAACCACUCUCAUUAUAUUGAACAUAGUCGGUGUUGUGGCUGGUGUCUCGGGUGCCAUCAACAACGGCUACGGAUCGUGGGGUCCGCUCUUUGGAAAGCUCUUCUUCGCCUUUUGGGUCAUUGUUCAUCUCUACCCAUUCCUCAAGGGGCUUAUGGGAAGACAGAACAGGACUCCUACCAUUGUUGUCCUCUGGUCAAUCCUUCUCGCAUCAAUCUUCUCACUUGUUUGGGUCAGAAUUGAUCCCUUCUUGCCCAAACAGACAGGCCCUAUACUCAAACAGUGUGGGGUAGAGUGCUAAUUUCCCUUCUUGUAUCUCUGCUAUAGAAUUUUUUUUAAAGUCAAUUUUGCUAGAUAUUUCUGCUAGCAAUAAGAAAAGGGAAGCUCUGGUAUCAAAUUUGUUGAAAUAUAAGAAAUCAUAUAGUCAUACAAAUUUCUUGUCUUCAAAGGUUUGUAUCUAAAAAUCAUUACAACAGAGGAGUAAUACAUUUCAGUCAAUCAUAACUAAUAUGUGUGAAAUAAUGGUAAUUUUAACAAGAAGAAAAACUUACCCCUGAGCCCAAAUUCACAUGUCCUUCGAUCUUUGAGAAUGGAUUCUGGGAUUUCUAGCAUUAGCAAACAUCUUGUUGCCAAUGUUUUAUGAACUGGUC